CAACACCAAGCAAGACACACUCGACUGAAAAUCGUCAAAAACACGCACACGCAGAGGAAGGACUUUGCGGACUGCACGUUGCAUGCUGCUGUGGGCUGCUGCUGUGCGAGUUGUGAUCGACUGCGACGACAAGGCACGUGUUACGGGUGCAGAGCCAGAGGCAGAGUCAAGCACGAUGUCAAGCGGGAGGGUGCAGCUGAGCGACUUGAACGACUUCAUCACGCCGGGGCAGGCAUGCAUCAAGCCGGUCGAGGUUCAGCGCGAAGAAGGAAAGCCUGCCAAGAUUGCCAUUGAACCGGAUGGCAGCUACAUGCAGCUCAAAGAGGAUGGCACGAAAGUGAAGCUGGAGAAGGCCAAGAUCACCCUCAAUGACUGUCUCGCGUGCAGCGGCUGCGUCACGUCCGCAGAGAGUGUCCUGAUUGAGAAGCAGAACCACAAGGAGCUGGAGAAUGCAGUACAGAACAAGAAGGAGGGCUCGCUGGUGUGCGUGUGCAUUUCCCAGCAGAGCUACGCCUCCUUGGCUGUUCGGUUUGACAUUUCUGCUGUGGAGGCAUGUCAGCGGCUGGUCACCUUCUUCAAGUCCAUUGGCGUGGAUUACGUCUUUGAUGUCACUGUUGGUCGCUCCAUUGCACUCCGCGAAAGUGCGCGUGAGCUUGUUUCGCGCGUGCGGAAUCCCAUGGAAGGUUCUCCUGUGCCCGUGUUGGCGUCGUCCUGCCCCGGUUGGAUCUGCUACGCAGAGAAGACGCACCCAGAGGCUCUGCCUUUCAUCAGCAAAGUCAAGUCUCCACAGCAGAUUAUGGGGGCGCUCGUAAAGUACCACUUUGCACCCCAGCUCGGCGUCAAGCCACAGGAUGUGUUCAUGGUCGCUGUGAUGCCGUGCUUUGACAAGAAGCUCGAAGCGUCUCGGCAGGACUUUUAUUCCGACAUUUAUCGCACGCGUGACGUUGAUUGCGUCAUCGUCUCACAUGAGGUGGAAACGAUGUUGGAGGAACGAAAGCUGCGACUGAACGACGUUGAAAUGGGACAGCUCGACAGUGUACUUCGACCAGGCCAUUUCGAUCAAGUUGUUGGACACGUUGGCAGCGGCUCUGGCGGCUAUCUGCACCACGUGCUGCUGUACGCGGCGCGUGAGCUGCAUGGCGUGGAGAUGAGCGAAGUGGAGAUGGUCUCACGAAGGGGCGAGGACUACAAAGACACGCAGGUUUGCGUUGACGGCAAACCCGUUCUGAAGAUGGCCACGGCGUACGGCUUCCGCAACAUCCAGAACAUCAUCCGCAGGGUGAAGCGCAACAAGUGUCCGUAUCAAUACGUUGAGAUCAUGGCGUGUCCAAAAGGAUGUGUCAACGGUGGUGGACAGAUUCGCCACGCCGACCCAACCAUGAAGGACGUCACGCCCACGCUCGUGGCUCGUCAGUACCACGCUGUUCCGGCAAAGAAUGCGUGGGACGAUGAGCGCGUGGCCACUCUUCUCGAUGCACUUGAUGCUGAACGAGAACAACAGAAGCAGAAGCAAGGGCCUGAACAGCAGAAACAAGUGCGGGAACAGGAGCAGGGGGAGGAUAGUGUGGCGGCGGACGCAGUUGUGUUGCUGCCCUCCAAUGAGCAGCUUUUCUUCACCAAGUACCACCGCGUCGAGGCAACCAUCAUGCCCCAGUUUGAGGCGUGGUAGAUGCUCUGUGUGUGUGUGUGUCACGUUUGCUGGAGCGUGCGCUUAUGUGUGCGUGCGUGCGUGUGUGCAUGCGUGCGUAUGCUUGUCUAUUUGUUCGUGUUAGCUUUCGCUCUCAGCUCGUGUUGGACAGAUCGCUUAUCAGUAGUACAUUACAACAACAGAGACACCCAAA